AGGCAAAUAGACGAAUACGCUCCGGACGCCCUAGACGACUGGAGAAGGUGUAAUCAAAGGCCAAGAUCUAGCCGCUUCAAGAAUCCAACGGCGUACAAUCUUCCAGAGCCUAUAUAUAAGAACCGCUAAUGUUCGCCCUAGCCGUCUCUCAGGCAUUUCAGUCGCAUCCCUCCCCCCUCCUGCUGCAGUCGGCGAUUCUGCAAUCGAAUCCUGCCCUCACUUGCUAUUCAGCAAACAUGGUGCUUCCUAACGAUAUUGAUUUGCUGAACCCACCGGCUGAGCUCGAGAAGAAGAAGCACAAGCUCAAGCGUCUUGUGCAGUCGCCCAACUCUUUCUUCAUGGAUGUUAAGUGCCAAGGUUGCUUCAACAUAACAACCGUGUUUAGCCAUUCGCAAACAGUUGUGGUAUGUGGGAACUGUCAGACAGUGUUGUGCCAGCCGACAGGCGGUCGUGCAAGACUCACCGAGGGGUGUUCUUUCAGGAAGAAGGGCGAUUGAAUUGGUAUUCUAUAAUGGUGAUGCAGUUGGUAAAUGCCGGUUGAGUUCUUUAAAGUUGGUUUCAGGAAAGGAAGAGGCACUUGUUUUGUUUCAUGUUCUGAUUUUUUCUGAUGUAGUAGUUUAACGGCAUGGGAUUUUGGUCUUUGUGGCCUUUUCAGUUUGGGUUUUAAGUUUCACUGUUGGUAUCCAGUAGUCUGAUGACAAUUAAGAUUUUGAUCUUGAUGGCUAUGUGUUUUCAAUUCUAUA